AUGAAGGAAAACGCUGUACUUAAGUGGCAAAAAGUUUACAAUCCUAGCGGCCCUCAACCACGACCCCGCCAUGGCCAUCGUGCGGUUGCCAUAAAAGAUUUGAUGAUAGUUUUCGGCGGCGGAAAUGAAGGGAUAGUUCAUGAGCUUCACGUCUUCAAUACCACCACGAAUCAAUGGUUUGUUCCUGUUACGAAGGGAGAGGUGCCUCCAGGAUGCGCCGCCUACGGCUUCGUGGUCGACGGAACACGUCUUCUGGUUUUUGGCGGCAUGGUAGAGUACGGCAAGUAUUCCAACGAUCUGUACGAAUUACAGGCCUCCCGGUGGGAAUGGAAACGUCUAAAGCCUCUGCCGCCCAAGCAAGGCCUACCACCAUGCCCCAGGUUAGGUCAUAGCUUUACUCUGCUAAAUGGUAAGGUCUACCUUUUCGGAGGCCUGGCCAAUGAGAGCGACGACCCAAAGAACAACAUACCAAGAUAUCUCAAUGACCUGUAUACAUUGGAGCUGUAUCCGAACUCAUCUAUGACUGUAUGGGACAUACCCAUCACUUACGGCCAGUCACCACCACCUCGCGAGUCCCAUAGUGGUGUGAGUUACACGGAUAAGAACACUGGGAAAUCUUCGUUGAUUAUAUACGGAGGUAUGAGCGGCUCACGUCUCGGUGACCUGUGGGUGCUUGAUGUGGACAGCAUGACUUGGUCUCGGCCUGACCUGGGCGGCCCGCCACCACUACCACGCUCUCUACACACAGCAACAGUCAUAGGACACCACAUGUAUGUGUACGGCGGCUGGGUGCCAUUGGUUCCGGAUGAAUCUAAACUUGCAACACAUGAAAAGGAAUGGAAGUGCACCAACACACUCGCUUCUCUAAACUUGGAUACCAUGACCUGGGAUUGCAUUGCACUCGAUAAGUUUGAAGAGUGUGUACCGAGAGCUCGAGCCGGGCACAGUGCAGUUGCCAUCCAAACAAGACUCUAUAUAUGGUCGGGCCGGGAUGGCUAUAGAAAAACUUGGAACAACCAGAUUUGCUGCAAGGAUCUGUGGUAUCUAGAGGUUGGAGUGCCACCACAAGCCGGUCGUGUAGCACUUGUGAGAGCAGGAACAACUUCACUUGAACUCUGCUGGCCGGCUAUGAAUACAGUCACUACAUAUCUUCUACAAGUUCAAAAGUGUGGUAAGGUGACUCCCACACGGUUCCCGACGGCUACUGAACCUGUCGCAGCCCCUCCGCCCGCCUCACCUGUCUCCGGACAGCCAGAUGCUGCCAAAGCCUUUGGACUCACAUCACCCAUUGCCACCGGACUUCCACCAACUCCAAUCGACCUUCCAAUAAGACCUGCGGCAGCCGCGGCCUCUCCCGCCGCCAAUCCCAUUGUAUCAACUCCACAGAAAGUCGUAUCCAGCGCUAUCAAGAUGCCCGGCCAAGCUGCCGUCAAAAUAUCUCCCAACACUCCAAAACAGACGUACCACGGGAAAACAGUUGUUAAAUCACCGGCCGCAGGCUCUUCACAGCAGAUAAAGGUCGCUGCGGUCACGCCACAAGGAGUGACUCGUAUUGUAAGCGGAGUAGCGACCCCUAAUACUGUUCGAGUGUCCACACCACAAUCAAACGCGCAGAUAGUGCUCGGCGCGGCGACAGGCUCGGCCGGUUCACCGAGGUUCGUUCAAGUGAAAACCGGCACCAACACUGGCGUCGUCAAACUAGGAAGCAGUAAUGUGCCCGUGAAACUCGCAGGCAAUGCGGUGCCAUUAAAAAUCGGUGCAGCCAAUCUCCAAGGCAAAAUCACAGCGAACAGUGUACAGAAAGUCGGUACUACGCCGUUGAAGCUAGGCGCUGGGAAUGUAAAGAUAAGCACGAGCAAUGUGUUAGUGAAGACGGCGGGAGGAGUUCCCAUACAAGCGGGAGUAGGGAGUGUGCAAGUCAAGGCUGGUGUGCCGGUGAAGCUAAGCGCUGGUAAUCUGCCUGUAAUUGGAAGCUACGGCGGCGCGAUACAGAUCGCAAGCGGUGCUAUCGGCCAGCAAGUGAAAACACCAGUAUACAAAAUAGUAACGGCCAAAUCUAGCGAUCAAGGAACGGCUGUCACGAACGCCGUAACAGGAUCCCCCGUACUAAGACAGGCUGGAGGAAACGUGAUCAUAAAGAAGACGCCGGGCGCUAGUUCACAAUCAAGCACGUCGCCCCAAUACGUGACGCUGGUGAAGACAUCCACAGGUAUGACCGUGGCGACUGUACCCAAGAUGGCCGUUAUGCAAAACAGACCAGCGACUCCGGCCAGUGCUGGCCAAGGAAUCACUCCCGGAGCGACAAUCGUUAAACUUGUAUCAGCUAACUCAGUAGGCGGUAAUAAGAUCAUAACACUACCACCUAACAAGCUACAGCUCGGCAAAACAGGUGUCGGAGGCAAGCAGACCAUUGUUAUCACCAAGUCAGCGAGUCAGUCACAACAGGGCCAGCCGCAGUGA